AUGCCAGACGAACUGCGCUUUCCGUGUGCUUGUAGUCAAUGCGCGCACCAUCGAAACGGAUUUGUAUAUCAGACUCGGCAGGUAAUUGCCAAGCACAUGAAGAAGUACAACCCAGCAUCGAAAAUCCAACGACACGCACCAAAGCCAGCUACUUUGACUCCGGGUCGCCAACCUCUCGUUUCGCAGACAAAUGCCAUACCAGGUCCUUCCGUGCAGCCGCUACAGUCAAACUCGCAGGAUGUAUCUAUGCGAAGAACUCAGAGCAGAGACUUGCGCGAGCAAGCCAGAAAUGCGCUUCCCCUAGCUCGAAUGAACUCACAGCCUCAAGACAAUGCUAACUUCGAUUUUGAUCAUGAGUAUCACGCUGAACAGGAGCUGCAGGACCCCCUACCGGAUAUUAACCAAGAAUUACCCCUCCUUCGACGUCGACAACUUCAGCCGCAUCGCCCUGAUCAGAAUUUUCAGCCGGCUGCACUACCUGAUGAACAUGGCGAAAUUCGAUAUGCUUACCUUACAGCUGUCAUGGCCAACGUUUAUGGCCACCUCUCGUGGAAUCAGGCGACAAAUCAACUAAAUCAUAGUCUCAACAUGCUCCUGAUCGCGAACGUACUCCCCACAUUUCCACGACCUGUUCGAGCAUUGGCCAGCGCAAAACGGCACCUUGGAAUUGACCCCGACCAAUGGAUCACUCAGUAUGCGAUAUGCCCUGAAUGCUGGAAACAUCACUCGCCUUCACAACUCAAGCAGCUUCUUUCUGCGGAAUGCUCCGUUCCGGCCUGUAAUGGUGUCAUCUACACCGAACGUCGAGAUGCAAAAGGUAAGAUGGUCCGCACCGCUACAAAAAUCAAUCCGCAGGUGUCCGUCAUUGGCAGUUUACGGCGCAUGUUCAUGCGUCCAGGAUUCGCACAGUCGAUCCGCGACAGUCGGCAGGAUCAACCUGGACAGAACACCGACGAAGAUUUCGUUAUGACGGAUAUCCAUCAUGGGACACAGUGGCAUGACCUCGAGACUAACAUCCUACGCGAGGUUGGUGAGUUUGGAGCUGUGCGAGACCGGGCAAUGGAGGGAAGGAUGGUGAAGAAACUUACGGAGCAUCGUUAUGGCUUACAUCUGACUAUGAAUACGGACUGGAUGGGAAUCCUCGAGAACCGACCGCAUUCAACCGGAGCAAUAUACUUUGCGAUCAAUGAUCUGCCUCGGGACCAGCGCUUCCUUCAGAUAAACGUCAUCUGUGCUGCUGUUUUACCAGGACCGAAAGAGCCUAACGUCCAGCAGAUCAAUCACUGCCUCGAACCAUCAACAAAGGAGAUGAUGCUCCUUCAAAACGGCGUCAAAAUGGACAUUAUCGACGAGGAUGAACAAGCUAACGUCUACGCAGACAAUCAGAUCCUCGAUUGUGACAUGCCAGCUGCCCACAAGUUGUCGGGAACAGCAGGCCACUCGCACGACAUGCACCCAUGUCUCUAUUGUGAUACCGACAUCACGAAAAUCAACACACGGGAAGGCUAUGACUACAGUAGCUGGACAGCAACAGAUGAUGAUCAUCUUCUCCGACAAUCAUUCUAUUCACGACAUGCCAAUCCAAUCCGGCAGAAGGCUAUUCUCGAUGAUCACGGAGUUCGCUGGAGCACACUUAACCUCAUCGCUGGCUGGUUUCCCUCAAAGAAGACCGCGCUCGACUUCAUGCAUUGCAUAUUUCUGGGCAUCAUUGCUCAUCUAUUCAUGCGUGUUUUAUUUGCAGGUUAUAUGUUCUCCGGUGCUGGAGGUAGAAACUCCCCGAAGCAGCGCUUCGAGAACCUUAUCAACAGCGUUAAAUGGCCGAGUCAUAUCACACGUCUUCCCAAGAAUCUCAGCGAGAACCAAUCACUAAAGAAAGCAGACGAGUGGAGAAGACUACUGACAAUCACACCAGUACUACUAUGGUGGUCCUGGAAGGACGAGAACGACGAUAUUCCGGACACGGAGCCCCCUCAGCCACCCAAUACUCAAGCACCGGAAUUUUCACGCAACUGCCGGCGUAUCUAUGAUGCCGUGUUACUUCUAUGCGCAGCUGUCCGUCUUCUCGCAACUCGAUCAAUAUCGAUGUCCCAAGCACGCAUUGGACAGUCGUUUUUGUCCCAGUACUGCCUUCGUUGCCUCGAGCUCAACAUCCAUCUCACGAUCAAUCACCAUGCAUCGAUGCAUAUCGCGGACAUGAUCAAGGCUUACGGACCUGUGUAUUCAUGGUGGUUGUUCGCGUUCGAGCGCUUCAAUGGGAUGCUGGAACGUGUCAAUCACAAUGGACAUGACGGCGGCCGAAUGGAGUUGACCCUGAUGCGUCAUUGGGUUCAGACCCACUUGAUAUACGAGUAUACUCUCUCGCUUCCACCCGACACUCACGCGAUAGAACGAGAGACACUCAACGAGAUUCUCAAGAGUCAAGCCCAGCAACGAGGGAGUAUGAUGACAGAUAUUGCUGUGUAUCAGAGUGAAGCUGCUCAAGAUAAUGUCCGACUCCCACUUCGCCAAGCAAAGUUCAUCAAUCUUCGAACAUUUGGACCUGAAGGUGUCCUUUAUCCACUGCUUAUAUCUUACUGCCGAGCUCUCUGGCCCGAUCUUAACAUCGUCGACGACUUCUCGCUUGAUGAUGGCACAGUCUUCUUUGCAUCGAAGGUUGCCCGUGCCCUCACAUAUAUCCGAAAGGAUGGUAUUAGGUAUGGUUGCAUGACCAACAGACGAACACAGACAGACGCAUAUGGUUUCAUUUCCUGUGAUGGGUCCCGUCUUCCCGCUGAGAUAACCACACUCCUCGCUGUUGGCAUUCGAGACAAAGUACCUCAUGUUUGUGCCCUUGUCCGACGUCUCAAGUCCGAUGAAAAUAUUCCGUUGAUGCCCUGGGCACUUUAUGAAAGUACUCUUGGCAUCCAUACCUCGUAUGCGAACGACUACCACCCAUAUGAAAUAAUCCCGGUCUCCCGCAUCACAAGCCCACUCGCACUUAUUCCAGUACACUCUAACAUUAUCAAGAAACAUCUUUGGAUUUCAGUAUCAUUCGACCAUUCAGGAACGGAGCCCGAGGAUUUCUUUGAUGACGACGACGGUUGA